UAAACCAUGCUGUACUGUCACUCAUAUCCCUGCGAUGGUUCACCAAAUGAGCAGGCAGCAGGUGUUUUCUCCUGUGGCACUGAUGGGUGUGUUUGUACAUUUUCUUUGCAGAACCUGAUCAAAAACCUUCCGGAGCAGAAGGAGCUGAGCAAUCUGGCCGAGCUAAAGAAUGAAUACGAGGAGCUUUGUGAAUCAGAGCAGUUUGGAAUUGUGAUGAGCUCAGUCAAGAUGUUGCGUCCCCGACUGAACGGUAUCAUCUUCAAGCUGACGUUUGAGGAGCAGGUAAACAACAUCCGGCCUGACAUCAUGAAUGUGACAUUCGCAUGCGAGGAGGUGAAGAAGAGCGAAGGUUUCAGCAUGAUCCUGGAACUGGUGCUGCUGAUCGGAAAUUACAUGAACUCUGGCUCCAGAAACGCUCAGACAUUCGGCUUCAACAUCAGCUUCCUCUGCAAGCUUCGUGACACCAAGUCGACAGACCAGAAUACAACUCUUCUGCACUUUCUGGCUGAAAAAUGUGAAGAAAAGUAUCCUGAGAUCCUGAAGUUCCCUGAUGAGCUUGAGCAUGUUGAAUGUGCUAGCAAGGGAGGUGAAAGGAAUCACUCCAGUCAUCAGCCAGCUGUGAGAAUCCAUUAGUCUUUGUGAGACAGACCUUAAGGACACUAUCA